CAGAGCCAUAACAUCAAAACACGACGGACAGGAGUAAAGCUUUAGUAGAAACCUGAAUCUGGAUAUAUCUUUGGGAAGACAGAAAAAACGACGAGUUGGAUUGAAACCUAUUAUUCUAACACAGCUAAAAACGACCAAGGUUGUUUUGUUUUUGGUGUUUAGCUCGCUGAGUUAGCCUAUUUGCUAACGAGAUUCUUUCACAGCUGGUUUUGGUUGAUUGCUCAAUCUGGUCUAAAGAAAAAAGAAGAAAAAAAGAGGUUUCACCAUGGGUUCCCGGGCGUCCACGUUACUCCGAGAAGAGGAAAUUGAAGAAAUAAAGAAGGAGACUGGCUUCUCCCACAGUCAGAUCACUCGCCUGUACAGUCGCUUCACCAGUCUGGAUAAAGGAGAAAACGGCACCCUCAGUCGAGAAGAUUUCCAGAGGAUCCCAGAGUUGGCUAUCAAUCCUCUGGGAGACAGAAUCAUCAAUGCCUUCUUCCCUGAAGGGGAGGACCAGGUAAACUUCAGGGGUUUCAUGCGGACCUUGGCUCACUUCAGACCGAUCGAGGACAACGAGAAGAGCAAGAACUCCGCCGCCAGCGAGCCACUCAACAGCCGGACAAACAAGCUUCUAUUUGCUUUUCGUCUGUAUGACCUGGACAGGGAUGACAAAAUCUCACGGGACGAGCUGCUCCAGGUCUUACGGAUGAUGGUUGGUGUAAACAUUUCAGAUGAACAGCUAGGCAGCAUUGCUGAUAGGACCAUCCAGGAGGCCGACACUAACGGGGACAACUCCAUUUCCUUCAAUGAAUUCAUCAAGGUUUUGGAGAAGGUGGAUGUGGAACAGAAAAUGAGCAUCCGGUUCCUGCACUAAGUUAUUAUUAGUAUUAUUAUUAUUAAUAUAUUAUUAUCAUAUUAUUAUUAUUAUUGUUUUUUAAGUAAAGCUUCAACAUUUCAGUUGAUGUCAGGACACAAUCCCAUCCAGCUUUCCAGCAGGCUGCUGUGGCCCACACCUCUAGUAAACACUCUCAGACCAAGCAUUAGGUAGAUGGUAUUGUAGAUCUUGCAUUUCUGCCUUUGCACCGCUCUGUAAACAAAGGGAAAAGUUGCGUGCCUUGGGUUGUUUUAUGCAAUGUUGCUAUGUAUUUCUUUUUCCCAGUAAUGGAACAUUAUUUAUUAGAAACCUUUUUAGAGGGUCACAGUUCGUUACCACUGCUGUCCCACUUUAACAUGAAAACUGAUUUUAUAGCACUGUACCAUAAAAGCUUUUUUGCUAUUGCAGUGAGUAAGUUUACUCGUGCUGUUCAAUGGUUAUUUAGCAUGUGCGGCGUCCUCGUCCGUAUAAAUAUGCAACGGUUCAAAGCGAAACUUGUAACGUGUGACUCCACUUAAAAACAGGCCGUGUUUUUAACGCUAACAGGAUCUUAUGACUCCUUCUCUACGACUUGUGGCAGAGUCUGACCAGCCAGCUAUAAGUUUGUCCCUCAAAGCAAAGCAGGGCCUGCUCCACUGAUACUUUAUGUUUAACUCACUGAAGUGCCAUGGCUUUGGUUCCCACUUGUAAGUUAAUAUCUUAAUGGUAACCUGGAACCUAUGGCCAUGUUUGAGUGUUUUGUUUUCUUGUGGCUUAAGCCAGCUACUGCCAAUAGAUUGUAAUAAACCUGUUUCGAUUGUUGGAUUUCAACCAAAGCAAGUUUGACUAUCUUUAAAAAGCCAGUCACCACCUGGGGCCUGUCGGAGCCACUGCUGAUUCAGCAUGUUAAUAAUGUGAUAUAUAUAAGAGAAUGAUUUUAAUUUACAACUAAUAAACUGUGGCAUACGUCUUUAUAGCAUUGUGCUAAAAAUGAAGAUUUCACACAAAAUGCUGUUAUCCGUUUGGACAGUGGAUAGUGUGUCUUCUCUAGCGGCUGCUCUGAUAACAUAGUGCAUUUGUAAAAUUGCAUCACGAGGAUUUAGCUGCCUCCGCGGCCUACUUUGCAAAAAACCCAUGAUUGAGACUUUAUAAAGCUCUGAUAACAGUGUCAGGUCCUGUGGUGGAGAUCAGGCCGUGGACCGGUUAGUUUGCAGAUUUACAAACAGGUAAACUAAGAUAACGUGCUAUGCUUCUCUUUGAAUGAUCAAUGUCACAGUGGCUAAAAAAAAAAAAUGUGUCUGUCUGUUUGAAACAUGUCUUGCAAUACUCUUCCCCACCGAGCUAAUCCCAGACACUAAACUUGAUUAAAUAUAUUAAAAAUAUAUUUUCUGUACAGGCUCGUGUACAUGAACUGGAGUGUAGAUGUAUGAUCCAUUUUAAUCUUUAAUGUGAGUUUGUUAAAUCAUUAUGAGAACACCCUCCAGCGGCUCAGUGCAGGAAGUACAAUGUGACCAUUUUAUUAAUCAUUACGUGAUUAUCAAUCAGAUGAUUCACAUGUUAUGUGAUGUCGGUCUUAUAGGUAUUAUUAAAGUGAUUCAUGAAUUUGAUUUGAAUAAAGUAAGUGCC